AUGCCCUUCGGACAACUCGUCCUAGGUAGCCCGGGCGCGGGGAAGAGCACCUAUUGCGAUGGCAUGCAUCAGUUCAUGGGCGCGAUCGGGCGCCAAUGUUCUGUUGUCAACCUCGACCCUGCCAACGACCGUACCAGCUACCCCUGCGCCCUCGAUAUCCGCGACCUAGUGACGCUGGAGGAGAUCAUGUCGGACGACAGGCUGGGCCCCAAUGGAGGUAUUCUGUAUGCGCUGGAAGAAUUGGAGCACAACUUUGAGUGGCUCGAAACCGGGCUGAAGGAGCUGGGAGAGGACUACAUCUUGUUCGACUGCCCCGGCCAAGUCGAACUGUACACACACCACACAUCACUGCGCAACAUCAUACACAAGUUGCAGAAGAUGGGCUACAGACUUGUUUCCGUUCACCUUUCCGACUGCUUCUGUCUCACGCAGCCGUCGCUCUACAUCUCCAACUUGCUGCUUGCCCUACGCGCCAUGCUCCAGAUGGACCUUCCACAUAUCAACGUGCUUAGCAAGAUCGACAAGCUGCACCAAUACGAUCCGCUACCAUUCAACCUCGAUUUCUACACAGAGGUACAAGAUCUGAACUACCUCAUCCCCGUGCUUGAGCAGGAGUCGCCUGCGCUGCGCAGCGAAAAAUUCGGCCGUCUAAAUCAGGCGAUUGCAGACCUGGUCCAGCGAUUUGGUUUGGUUAGUUUCGAGGUACUUGCUGUGGAAAACAAAAAGAGCAUGAUGCAUCUCUUGCGCGUCAUCGAUCGUGCCGGCGGAUAUGUUUUUGGAGCCGAGGGAGCGAACGACUCUGUGUGGCAGGUUGCUAUGCGAAAUGAGUCGUCGUUGCUGGAUGUUCAGGAUCUCCAGGACCGGUGGAUCGAUAACAAGGAGUUCUAUGACGAACUGGAGAGGAAGGAAGAGGAGGAACAGGCCAAACUACGUGAGGAACAAGCCCGGGCACAGGCGGAAGCCAUGGGCGGGAACGACAUUCUCGAUGCCUUAGCAUCAGGGUCGGCGCCGACGCGGUCUGUUCCAGAUAGUGGCAUCAAGGUAGUACGAAAGAAGAAGUGA